AUGACAACACCCACGAUUUUUUUCGACUCACCAUCUUUAGAAUCCAUUUGCAAUCCCCCCAUUAUUCAACAUCAACAAAAACAAUUACACCAGCGAGUACAACAUUACCAAACUUCGGAAAUUAUAAACACUUUCACUAAUCCUAUUUCCUUCGUUCCUUUGCAUCAACAGCAACAAGUCGGAGUACAGCUCGCUUAUUUUCCUCAAUUUCCUCUCCAGCAGCAAUUUCAAUCCGAGUACAUAUAUAAUCCGACUACCUAUCCUUCGCCUCCUUUGGACGCUUCUAUCGGUCUUCCUUCAACUAGAAUGGCUUCUAACGAUUCCAGUGACCACCAUAACCGAUCAAUUAUUUCUGAUAAUUCUCAAAUGAAUCGCAGUGCAAUUGAAACUGGCUCUUCUGCAUCUGAGACUCCUGGAGCUGCACCUUUUUCAUUCGACCCAUCAAUGAAGUUGCCAUCCGGAUCUAAUACAACUCAACAAAUUGACUACUAUGGUCAACCGCCUGCGAAUUAUAAUGGAAUGCCACCAACUUUUGGUAACACAAUGCCACCUACUCCCCAUGACUAUUCAGCAUCUAUAAAUCCUAUGCAAAACCAAAACGGAAACGUUACACGCACUACGCCACCUCAAUUUCAUCAAAACCAAAACCGACCUCCACCAGUCCCUGCUCCCCAAACAAUGAUGACUACUUUUAGUUCAAAGACGGUUUCCUCUACUCCGAAGAGAUAUAAAUGUAAUAUUUGUCAAAAGAGAUUCACCCGUCCAAGUUCCUUGCAAACUCAUACUUAUAGUCACACGGGUGAGAAACCCUUUAAAUGCCCGGUUGAGGGAUGUGGCCGUCAUUUCUCUGUUGUCAGUAACCUUCGUCGUCAUCAAAAAAUUCAUACAAAAUCAUAG